CGAACUGAGAUUCACAGUCGGAAGGGAGAGAAUAUCUUUGCACACACAGCUUUAAAGACUUUCGAAUUGAUUCAAAGCAAGAAAAAGAUUUGGAUGGGAAUAGGCCUCUACACCUAGACACCACAAUGUGGCGCCCUAGAGCUGCUCCUUGCCUUACUGGACAAAAACCUGUUCAUAAAGAACUAUAGUAGCUCAAGCUUCCCUGGAUAUUGCCAAGCUGAAUCACUACAUCUUUCGGGAGAUCCAGUGAUGAUGAUGUGGUACUGAGGAGGGGUUGGAAACUGAAUCAUUUCAAAGGGCAAUCAUGAAGGAAGAGAAUGCUGUUUCUGGCAUCACCAUACCGCUCCAUGCUCGCCCUCUCACUCGUGCUUACUCUAAGAUGAUAACAUCAUCAGAAGUGGAUGCUACAACACAGAGUCUAGGACAUGUCGCGAGAGCAAACACAAAGAGAGCAGCCUUGGAUGAGAAGAAAGCUAGUGCACCUAAGAAGCUAGCUGUUCUUAAGGAUAUCACAAACGAGAUCUCACCUAAGUUGGAGAACAUCAAGCAGAUAGAGAAGGUGGACGCUGUAUCCACUGUGGCAAAUAUUCUGAAAGUCAUUGACAUUGAUUCAAAUGAGAAAGAUCCUCUAUUGUGUAGCCUUUAUGCACCUGAAAUCUACCACAAUCUGCGAGUUGCCGAGCUUCAACGCAGACCAUUUCCGGAUUAUUUGGAAAGAACACAAAGAGAUCUGACUCAGACAAUGAGAGGAAUACUAGUUGAUUGGCUUGUAGAGGUCUCAGAGGAAUACAAACUUGUACCGGACACACUCUACCUCACAGUGUAUCUCAUAGAUUGGUUUCUCCAUGGGAACUACAUUGAAAGGCAGAGGCUUCAAUUGCUCGGCGUCACCUGUAUGUUCAUUGCUUCAAAAUACGAGGAGAUCUUUGCGCCACGCAUUGAGGAGUUCUGCUUCAUCACUGAUAGCACUUACACAAAGGAUCAGGUCCUGGAGAUGGAGAGCCAAGUACUAAAGCAUUUUAGCUUCCAGAUUUACACACCAACUCCAAAGACAUUCCUCAGGAGGUUUCUCCGAGCAGCUCAUGCUUCUGAUCUGGAGAAACCAAGUGUUGAGAUGGAGUUUCUUGCAAACUAUCUCAUGGAACUGACAUUAAUAGACUAUGAGUUCUUGAAGUUCCUUCCUUCGGUCAUCGCUGCUUCAGCUGUUUUUCUUGCCAAGUGGACACUGAACCAAUCAAGCCACCCUUGGAAUCCAACUCUUGAGCAUUACACAACUUUCAAAGCCUCAGACCUUAAAGCAUCUGUUCACGCCUUGCAAGAUCUGCAGCUUAACAUCAAAGGGUGCUCCUUGGCAUCUAUACGCAUGAAGUAUAAGCAAGAGAAGUUCAAAUCCUUGGCGGUUUUGUCUUCUCCGGAGCUACCUGACAGGCUAUUCUGAAUAGAGAUUAAACCAAGCGGUUCAUCUCCUAACCGAAGCAUAUGCAACUUAGAAACUGAUGGUCUGGAUCGUCCCUCUCUCAUUUAUCUGUUACUGUCAAAUAAAACGAUAACCUUUCCACGGUCUGGAUUUUAUUUAAUACCCAGUAACCGGAUUAGUUAGUGUUCGUUUAUUCCGGUUUAGUGUAGACUUGUUUGGUUCUUCCAAACCAAGAUUAUUUUAGUUGAAACGGAUGUACAUUUUUUCUCGUUC